AUGAGAAAUUACGAAAAAGACUGGACUGAAAAGAGAACAAAGAAAAUACUCAAAAUUAGUAAUAUAAUGUUUUCUAUUUAUGCUAUUGCAGCACGUGCCAAAGGUCAUUACAAGCUUGUUGGUACGAUCAUCUGCUGGUCGUUGGUGCACGGAGGCCCAGGGGGAAAUUUUUUUAGCAAGACGCUUUUUGAUGCCAUUGCAUUUGGAAUUGGGACGAAAGACGCUGAAAUAAACGACAUUCAUGACAAUGAAGUGCUAGAAAAGAUUAAUAAGGUACUGACUACUUUUUCUUUAUAUAUAAUUGGAGUUUUCCUAUCGUAUGAUUACUCUGUAGCUUGGAAACUAAAAUAUCUAAUGAUGUAUAAAAAAAUCUUGGGUGAUCCUAUUAUCAAAUAGAGAUUGGGAAUAACCGAAGUUUGACAGUCAUAAAUAUAACUACAGUAUUUGGCCCUCCGACCAAUUUAUCAAUUCUUGGGUUUCAUAUGACGUCAUAGAUUUCAGUGGGGGUCAACUUUAAAUCGAGACACAGUCCUCGGAGUGAGUUCAUUCUUUACUGUAUGUGUUGACGUUGUGCUUCGUAGCAAAUCUGUGCACUGAUUUCGUGUCAUUUGCUCACUCCCGUUCAGCAUAAGCGCCAAUACAUUUGAGGUUGACCCCCACUCAAUUCACUAUCUAAAACGCUUAAUGAAACCCACCAAUUAGCCAUUCCGAAGUUGAUGAGUGGACUGGGGACAAGUGUUAAAAAGUCCCCUAAUAAAGAAAUGAACCAAAUCACUAAAAAGACCACCUCAAAAUGAGUAAGUAUACAAAGUUUGAAGACGUUUACAUGAAUAACCUACGAAUUAUUACCUUUCGAAGAUUGUGAAAUUGCUGAUUAAAGGAUUGCUUUUGGGACGUGCGAAGUUUAAAGGUUUUUCAUAUUAAUAAUAAACAUGCACUUCUUUAUUAGGUUAAAUUUGCAAACACCCUUGAAGAAUUGAAUCGGUAUCUGAAAGAAGAGUAUCUGCAAUGCAUAUUACAAGCUCAAGGUCAUUCCCUCCAGGCGUCAUGUUUCGACGAAAAAUCUAAAUUUGUCAAAGCCAUUUUAAAUUACGUGUUAGUGGAUUCCACCAGGUAUCUACUAGAAGAGCUAAUUGAUGGAUUUAAGGUGAUGGGUGUACUUGACGCAAUAAGACAAUAUCCUGAACAGUUCCUAGAAGUGUUAUGUAAGAACGAUACCAAGUUAGAUGCGAUCAUGGUCGACCUUAUUUUUGAAGUCCACUUAGCGGAAGACGGUACAAAUAUACGUCCAACUCAAGAGAGAGCUGUAGUAUUUUGGAGAGAUUUCUUGCAAGAUUGUUGCG